ACAAUCAUUGAAAUGGACUGUUCACUGCGAUCACGCACCAUACCGCAUUAAUUAAACUCACCGAUAUUUUUGCAUCGAUCGUGUCAGAGAGCUGAGGGAGCCAUGGCCAUGGAGAAGAGCCGGGUCCUCGUCGUCGGCGGCACCGGCUUCGUCGGUCGGCGGGUCGUGGCGGCGAGCUUGGCGGCGGGCCACCCGACCUACGUCCUGCUCCGGCCGGAGAUCGGCCUCGACAUCGACAAGCUCCAGAUGCUGCUGGCCUUCAAGGCGCGGGGCGCGCGGCUCCUCGAGGCGUCGCUCGACGACCACGACGGCCUCGUCGCCGCCGUCCGGCAGGCGGACGUCGUCGUCUCCGCCAUGUCCGGCGUCCACUUCCGCAGCCACAACCUCAUGCUCCAGCUCAAGCUCGUCGAGGCCAUCAAAGAUGCUGGAAAUGUCAAGCGAUUCCUGCCAUCUGAAUUCGGCAUGGAUCCAUCAAGGAUGGGGGACGCUCUAGAACCUGGGAGGGUUUCAUUUGAUGAGAAGAUGGUGAUAAGGAGAGCAAUUGAGGAUGCAAACAUCCCCCACACAUAUGUUUCUGCCAAUUGCUUUGCAGCUUACUUCUGUCCUAACCUCUGUCAGAUGAAAACUCUCCUCCCUCCCAAAGAGAGAGUUGGUGUGUAUGGAGAUGGCAACGUCAAGGUGUUUUUCGUGGACGAAAAUGAUGUGGGAACAUAUGCAAUAAAAUCAAUCGAUGAUCCUCGCACCUUGAACAAGACAAUAUACAUAAGGCCUCAAGAUAACUGUCUCACUCAGAACGAGUUGAUCUCAAAGUGGGAAACACUCACUGGGAAAAGUCUUGAGAAAUUCCACAUACCUGGUGAUGAAUUUUUGGCUUCUAUGAAAGAUUUGGAUUUUGCUAGUCAAGUAGGAAUAGGACAUUAUUACCACAUCUUUUACGAGGGCUGCCUGGCAAACUUCGAGAUUGGUGACAAUGGUGCCGAGGCAACUCAGCUCUACCCAGAGGUUCAGUACACCCGCAUGGAUGAGUACCUGAAACGCUAUAUCUAACCGGUUCAAAUUUAAAGCAUCUGCUUGUCAAAUUUAAAGAUUGUAAUCCGCAAAUGAGCAUCCCUGGUCGAUCUUCCCCUACCAGAAUUGUUCAACGACAAUAUGCCUGCUCGAAUUUAUGGUACUAGUAGUCUAGUACAUCCCCUCUUGUUUGUUGACUCUGUUGUACUAUCAAGUUGGAUGGGUGGAAAGUUCAAACGAUGGUUAGCAUGUUCAUGUUCAGACCGGUAUUUUGGAACAUUGAAUUCUCUCAUAUUCCUGCUA